AUGGAGACCGAGCGUAGGCGAGACGUCUCGUUGGCGAUGCGCCUCCGCCACACGUCACCGCCAUUCGCACUUUACCGCGCGUUCCCGUUCUUUCUUCCCGCGGCUUCUGGCCUCUUCCCGCGCUUUCUUCCCGCAUCUUCUCGCGUCGUCGGCUCCUACAAAAGACCUCCUCCAUUCAAUGGUCGCCACCACAACCGCCGGCAUCCCUUUCUCCGCCGCAAACACAUGCCUCGUCGCCUACGCACCACCUACCCAAUGAUGAAUCGCGCCGGCGAGAGCCAGUUUCCUCCACCACCAUCUCCACCUCCACCUCCAUCUCCGCCGCCACAGGAGUUCGACGUGGGCUACUACAAGAAGUCGUGCCCCCGCGUGGAGGCCAUCGUGAGGGAUGAGGUGAAGAAGUUCGUCUACAAGAACGCCGGCAUCGGCGCCGGGCUGAUCCGCAUGUUCUUCCACGACUGCUUCGUCGAGGGAUGUGAUGCCUCUGUCCUCCUGGACCCAACACCGGCCAACCCGCAGCCAGAGAAGCUCAGCCCUCCCAACUUUCCCAGCCUCCGCGGCUUCGAGGCCAUCGACGCGGCCAAAGACGCCGUGGAAAAGGCAUGCCCAGGCGUGGUAUCAUGCGCUGACAUCGUUGCCUUCGCCAGCCGUGAUGCGGCCUACUUCCUCAGCAGGAUGACGGUCAAGAUCAACAUGCCCGCAGGCCGCCUGGAUGGGCGCAUUUCCAAUUCCACUGAGGCCCUCUCCAACCUGCCGCCUCCAUUCUUUAACAUCACUCAGCUCAUCGGCAGCUUCGCCGCUAAAGGGCUUGACACCGAGGACAUGGUGGUUCUUUCCGGCGCCCACACCAUUGGGGUCUCACAUUGCUCAUCCUUCGUCUCUGACCGUCUUGCCGUCCCCUCCGACAUCAACACCGCCCUCGCCGGCAUCCUGAGGAGGCAAUGCCCUGCCAACCCGACCGCAGCCAACGAUCCCACGGUGAACCAGGAUGUGGUAACCCCUAACGCGCUUGACAACCAGUACUACAAGAACGUCCUCGCACAUAAGGUCUUGUUCACGUCAGAUGCCGCCCUUCUUACCACACCGGCGACCACCCAGAUGGUGCUUGACAAUGCCAACAUCCGUGGACUGUGGGAAGACAAGUUCAACAAGGCGAUGGUCAAGAUGGGUGCCAUCGGAGUCAAGACUGGAAACCAAGGUGAAAUCAGGAGGAACUGCAGGGUCGUCAACCACUGA